UUUCACUUGUGUUUCCGCGUGCACGCACAUGUCACGGUAGCUGUGCGCCACUCGUAAGCUUGUCAAGUGCUUAGAGUGUGUGAGUGUUUCAAAAUAAAGUCCAGCACACAAGACGAAUAAGAAGUUGUGGAACUUAUGCAUGUGCUUCAUUUGGUGACUUUAAAUAUUUGAUGUAUGUGUGUGUGAUUUUCUGCCGGUGACCACUAAAUAGAAAAAUACUCAAAUUGUGCGACACAGAAGUGAAAAAUAUGUUCGGAAACAUAAUGAUGAUUGUGAACUGCGCAAAAAAGUAUGCUACGAUUCAAUGAAUAUUUCGUAUAAAACUGUAAUGGUACAACUUUAAUUCGUAUAAAGCUUAGUUUAGUAAAGUGAGUUGUGAGCUUAAUUCUGCCGUCUUUACGUGUACUGUACAUGCGACGCCGCUAAAGUGCUUAUUUAAAACUUGGAUCGGUUAACACUGCCAAUUCUUUCACUGCCAACAUGAAUAGUAGUCAUCAUCAUCUCGCAGAUACAUCCUGUUCGGUUAACAGCGCUGCCUGUGUUUAAAGUACCACUGUUAAUGGACGUUUGCUAGAUCACUGUUGAAGCUUGCAUUUCGUCAUUCGGCCAUUCGGUCAUUCGCUCGCUGCCAACACUGCUAAUGCCAGUUCGGCUUCGUGUCUUGUAAGCCGCUUUGCAGCGCCAACAGAGUGCGACCCAACUCACAGACUUUUCGCGAGAAUUCUUUCGUUGUUGGUCUCAGUGCUGCUAUUGUGGUUGCCAGUUUGGACUGUUGGGCUUGUUUUUGGACUUUGCAUCAAAUUCAGUUUAGUUGAGUGGUGUCGAGUCGCGGUUGAUGCAUACGAACGGAAGUGCAGUGAAAACCGGAACACGGAAGUUCAAACAAUAGUUACUUUUAUAUUGUUAAAAAAUAAGUAUAGAAACACAAAUUAAUACUUAUAUAUAUAUAUGUAUAAAAAUUUGGUUAGUGUGUUCAAUAUUUUCCGUUGGAAAGGCAUGAAAUAGCCAACGGUUCUGAUGUGUUUAUAUUAAUGAUGCAUGACCAAAGCAGUGCCGCUAAGUAAGCCAUGUAAUGAUUGUGUGUUUUACUAUAUGGGUGACGGUGUUAACGAUUUCAAAAUGCUCAAGAAUUAAAAAAGAAUCUGACAAAUGAGUUUAAGUGGAUGUGAAAUGGAUAUGCAUUGUGUAGAAAUUGGAAAGUUUUAUUUCCGUAAUAAAGGAGAGUUCGAGCAGUGAAGCAACUGUGAGCGCUCAGCAGUCAAAGAAAAGCUAAGGGCGGCAUACGUGCAGAGCAGCAUUAACUGAAUCGGAAUUGAAUUGAAAAGUUUUAAUGUGUGCUUGUUUUGUCUUCACCAACGUUUGGAUUUUAUACUCGGGAAAGUUGAGAGCACAAUAAAGAAUUACGAAAAGACUUGUGCAGGUGCAGAAACAGCAGAGAAUUGAAAAGAGAAUUGUAACGACAGCAACAACAACAACAACAGCCACUAACCGCACUUAAGCAGGUAAACCAUAAAAAUAAUUAAGCGCAAAACCUAAAUUGAAAAUAUCAACUAUAUGGGAUUGAAACAACAACAAUAACUUUUGAAAAUAAACGAAGCUCAAUAGACUGAAAUAGAGUCCAAAUAUUUUACCGUAAUGCAAUGCAAUUAAUUAAACAUAUCACUAAAAAUAUUCAAAACGAAAAUAACGAUAAAUGAAACACCACUUAAGUAAUAAUAAUAGCAGUUUACCCUUUUAGUGCAAUAAAUAGCUUAAAUAUAGAGGAUAAUUCAGCUAUCUACAUGCGAAAUUCAUAUUCAUAUUUAACGAAACUUCAACACAAAAGAAAAUUGGAAUUAAAAUUUGCAUACAAUUCGACGAUGAAAAUAGAUAAUAACACAAUUCUAGCUUAUAAAAUUAUUGAAUAUUAGAAUUAUGAAAUUUUCGUAAACAUUCACAAACAAAAAUGUAUGGCAUUUAAAUAACUACAAGCAACAAUAAAAGCAACUAAACAGAGAAUUCCAUCAAAAUAUAUUGAAAUAACGAAAUGUGCGCGCAUAUAAAAAAGCGUAGAGCAAAAUAAAUAUUACAACAACAACGACACGUUUAAAAACUUUAGCCCCAAUUGAAAUCACUCAACCAAAUGCCAUAACAAAUACUUGCGAAUAGCUCAUAAAAACUAUAAAACGUAGAAUUGAUCAUUGGAGUUAUUUAAUUAAGCUUUCAUUGAGGCUGAGGGCUUGUAGAGCAAGAUGGCAUAUAAACAUAAUAAGCGGAAGAGAUUUGCAUUUCAGCAGAAAAUGACCGAAACAAGUGGAUUCGCGGUAAAUCAUUAACAAUAAUCGAAAAAAUAAUCAACUGACGUGUAAAGACGAGACAUUACCAAAUACGAAGGUAAAACAAUAGCAAACUAGUUAUCAAAAAAAAAAAAAAAAACAAUAAUAACAAAAACACAUCAGCUAGUUCGUGACUAAAAAACUGGAAUGAAAUGUGCAGUUUGGUUAAUUCGUGUGUGCAUAUGAACCAUAUAAGUGUAGUUCGAAAACAACAGAACUAAAUUCGAAACAGAACGAGAAGAAGCAUAAAAUAACAACGAAAAUAAUAAUCUUUGUGCGUUACAAGUGUUUGCAUUUCAAUGUUAGGUCGCUUCCUGACAUAGCUACACUCCUGAGGAGCAUCUCUCAUUUAUGCGGCUUUCAAAUACACAGCACGCGGAAAUUUAUUCAUUUGUGUUCAGAGAUCAAAUCUAACAAUGGCGAGCUGAAUUGAAUUCAUACGCAAUUCAGUCAUAUUUGAAAUUCGGUUGAAGCAUCCGCAUGCAAACAUGGAUUGGACUCGGUGGCAAUAUACGUUUUUAUGGUGCAUUUGCAAUCCUGGGAGCAUAAUGUGGCUACCCAUUUGAUUCGCUAAUUAUUAGACAUACUGCACACAUGUGCAGUACAGCGUUCAACGAAUCAAUCGUACAAUAUCCAGUCAGUAAGAAAUGUUCAACCAGUCGGUAAAACUGAAAUAGAAUUACGUACAUACGAGUAUAUGUGUGUGAAAGCUGACAGAGAAAGAGUAAUAAAUGUGUUCACAUUCCACACAAUAAAGCAUUCUCAUCUAUAUACACAUUUACGUAUAUACAUACAUAUAUAAGUACUCGUAGCUCAGUCGUGCGAAAUCGUCAUUAUCACCUACAUAAUCGAACAAGUGCACCAAGCAUAUGUACAUAUAUAGACGAAGUGUCAGCUAUACAGUAGUCUCUACAGAUCCAUAAGAUUACAUUCGAAGAGCACAUCAAAGCACGAACAUCCAACUUAGCCAACGACACUGUGUUCGUCGAUUUUGACACCAAAUAAGCGAAUAGCUCGUAUAUGAUCAAACGAAAAUCUCCAUUAUAAUCGAAUCGUGUUUAAGCGAAAGUAAAUUCGAACAAUACUCAUACUGUAGCAAUAAUUUACACCGUUCUUCCCUAUAACUUUUUUAUACGAACCGUGACUUACAUUUAAUUAAAAUAGUGAAUUACAGUUAAAAGUAAAAUAAAGCACAUCGCUCAGUUUUUAAACGCAUUUAUUUAUAAAUACUCACAAAAUUACAUUUAAGCGAUAAAUUAAGCAACUGAAAAUGACAUUUGAAAAUCACCGUUUUAUUAACCAGUUAUCAACGAAUUAAACUAAUACAUAGAAACAUACUGUAGUAAAUACUCUCCGAAAGCAAACUCGAAAUGAUCAUCAGAAUAGACCAAACAGUUAACUGUUGUACAAAGUAAACAUUGCAACAACGGCAUCAACACGCACAAUUCGUUUUUGGGGGACGGCAUUGACGGCGAUAGUGUUGUUGGAAAAAGUAGCGCAAAUACGGACGAAGCAGGAGCAGCAGGAAAACCCGGCCAGAGCAAGUGAGUGUGAGUUGCCAAGGAUCUAUAAGCGUGAUCAUAAAAGAAAGAGCAGCAGCCGCAGUUGUAGACCUAGGAGUACGUAUACGCGAAGUAAACGGAAGGAAGUAGAAGGAAGAGAGCAGUUAAGGACCAGCACCUGGACGAAUAACGAGUGACAAAGCAAACAAGUUCCAUAGUGAGCCAUAGAUAAAACACAUAUUAUCACGUAAACUCAAGCCACAUAUAGUUGCCGAUACAGUCAAGCAAUACAUCAGUCGGGCGCAGCGCACAAGUAAGGGUUCCAGAGAACAGCAGCCUAACAUGGAGUUUUUACGUGGUGUUUAUGCGUUCAUGCAAGUGAGUAGAUCAUCGGUGUCUCAUGUCAAAAUCGAUUCACCUGUUUUUCGCCUACACACAAAUGCAACUGUUAUUUUAUUAAUAACAUUCUCGAUCGCUGUUACGACGCGGCAGUACGUAGGAAAUCCCAUAGACUGUGUACAUACAAGAGACAUUCCCGAAGAUGUCCUCAACACGUAUUGUUGGAUACACUCGACAUAUACAGUGGUGGACGCUUUCAUGAAAAAACAAGGUUCCGAGGUGCCUUUUCCUGGAGUUCAUAAUUCGCAGGGACGCGGUCCUCUCACAAUAAAGCAUACGAAAUAUUAUCAAUGGGUAGCGUUCACGCUAUUUUUUCAGGCGAUUUUAUUUUACACACCAAGAUGGCUGUGGAAAUCUUGGGAAGGUGGCAAAAUUCAUGCACUUAUCAUGGACUUAGAUAUAGGAAUUUGUUCCGAAGCCGAGAAAAAACAAAAAAAGAAAUUACUAUUAGAUUACUUAUGGGAAAAUCUAAGGUAUCACAACUGGUGGGCUUACAGAUACUACGUGUGCGAAUUACUGGCACUCAUAAAUGUGAUAGGUCAAAUGUUUCUUAUGAAUCGAUUUUUCGAUGGCGAAUUUUUGCAAUUUGGCUGGAAGGUUAUAAAAUAUAUGGAGGACGAUCAAGAAGAUCGAAUGGAUCCCAUGAUCUACAUAUUCCCUAGAAUGACCAAAUGUACAUUUUUUAAAUACGGUUCAAGCGGGGAGGUGGAGAAACACGACGCCAUUUGCAUACUGCCAUUAAAUGUUGUUAAUGAGAAAAUAUACAUUUUCCUUUGGUUUUGGUUCAUACUUUUAACGUUUCUAACACUGUUAACGUUAAUAUACAGGGUGGUAAUUAUAUUUUCACCACGCAUGAGGGUGUACUUGUUUCGUAUGCGAUUUAGGUUAGUGCGUCGAGACGCUAUUGAAAUAAUCGUUCGUCGGUCGAAGAUGGGCGAUUGGUUUUUAUUAUAUUUAUUAGGUGAAAAUAUAGAUACGGUUAUAUUUCGUGAUGUUGUACAGGAUUUAGCCAAUCGUUUAGGACAUAACCAACACCAUAGGGUGCCUGGACUGAAAGGUGAAAUACAGGAUGCAUGAUAUUGGGAGUAUUAGAAAGUAUACAAAAUGCAAUUUGUCGUCUCAAUAUAACCGUCACUAUCACAAAUAAUAAUAUCAACACCAAAACCGCUUUAGUAACAGCAGCAGUAGCACCGGCUUCCAAAAAUUCUCACCAAUGCAAAACUAAUAAAAAUAAAAACAACAGAAAAACUCCAAAAAAAGCGAAACCACAUUAACGCCAUCAGUUUCACCGGCAUUUAAUAUAAUCCGCUAUAAAAACAAAUUCUAAGAAAUAAAUAUAAAAAGCAGAAUGCUUUCAUAAUAGACGAUAUUAGUAUAAACCAAAAGUCAAAUAGUGUGUGACAGCGACGAAUUGUUUAUACAUAUAUGUGUGCGAAUGUGUGUAAACUAAACAAUUAAGCGUAGCAUAUGUUAGGAAUAGCAAAUAAGCGUGUUCAAGCAGACGAUCUCACCUACAUUCGUAAAUCAUCGAGACGCAUCCAAAUAUUCAUAGCUUGUCAUGUUAUACGUAUAUUAACAACCGAAAAGUACUACGACUGAGACGACACCCGCGAAAGAUUGCAUUAUUGUAAAGAGCCAACAAGGACAAGUAGCAGUCAGCCAGCCUACCAGCCAGCAAAGGGCCGCGUUUACUUCACCAAUAACAGGCAAAAUCAGCAUCCUCACAACUACAUGCAUCACAUCACAUUACAUCGCAUCGAUACAUUCACAUGUAGCUCGAAAUUCAAAGCUUUGCAGUGGUGUACUUGUCGACGGCAACGAAGGAAGGAAGGAAGAAAGGAAGUGAGGAGAGCUCUCAUCUUUUAUAUAAAACUCUACCAAAAGAAACCAACCAAAAAAAUCUAUCAUAGCGCCGACAGCACACCAACUUACACCAAUACUUGCAUAUAUAUGUAUUUUAUAUAAAAUAAAGAAAAAUAAAAAAAAUAUUAAUUCCAAUAUCAUAAGCUGAAAUAAUUAGCAUAACAACGACAACAAGAUUAGUGUAAUUCAUUUCAUAGUUAAUCAGGAGUACUGUACGACACACGCAUACAUACAAACCAGUUGAAACGAAAAACAAAAACAAAAACAAAUAACGAGUAAACGUAUUGUAAUUAUACAAAAUCAUAUGAAAGUUUUAUGAAAUAUGCAGAAUAGCCAUGAUAACUCAUCAACUAAAUAUCUAUACAUACAAGUACAUAACACAUAAACAACUACAACAACUCAGAUAUAAGCAAAAAUAAUCAUCAAAGCAUACAUACAUACGAACAUACAUACAUAAAUACAUACAUAUAUAGCGCGCCUCAUUAAAUAACCGAGAAAAGUAGCAUUUAAUCUGAAGACAUACUCGUGCGUCUGUACAUGAGAGCAUUCAUGCAUACAUUGCAAUAAGCAAAUACAAAUAGUAAAUAAACGAAUAACUUUUUAAUUAAAUUUAAAAUUAAAAUUAUUAUAUAAAGUAUGAAUGAACUUAAAAACGAGAUGAGACAAGAUUAUAUCAUUAUGAAAUAGUUACGUCAGUGCGACGUAAAUUACCGUUAAGAAAUAGUUAGUGAAACCAAAUACACUGCAUAUUUAUAUAUAAGUAUAUAAUAUAUAAUACUUAAGUUCAGUCUUACUUAGGUUGGUGCAUUAACAUACACAAGUGCAGAUAUUAUAGUGAAGACAAGGCGAUAAUGAGCUGUUUUCACAGUACAUACUUACAUAUAUAAACAAAGCAGUGGAAAGUGUUUGCAAUUUAUGAACCACAAGCAAGUAAACUUUUCAAGUAUGAGUGAAAAUUUAAGGCAAAAGGUAGCAAAUAAAUAAUUAAUUGCGUAAAUUACUGAAACAAUAGUAAGCAGUAUGAAGGCACUUUCAUACUCAUAUUCAUAUACCAAUUUUUAAGAAUCGAAACUUAUAUUAAAACGAAACGAAGUGAGCGGGGUAUAUGUGCAUAUGUGUGUAUUAUUGCAGAUGUGUAUAUGCGGAAGUGCGUCUGGGCAUAUGCCAUGUGGGUUAUAUAUAAUUUUGUAAAUACUAAAAACCAAUAUUUCAUAUGCAAUGUAAGCAAACCAAGCGCACAUUUGCAUACAUACAUGUGUAUGUAUAUAUGUAUAUGAAGACAUACGUACACAAAUUUGUGGUUAUAUUACCAACUAAAUGCUCGGGUUAAAUGCAAAGCUAUUAUUUUGAAUCGGUCACAGUAAGCUCUACAUAGGUUUGUCGCUCGUCAGUGCAUACAUACAUCCAUUACCAAGCCAUUCGUAUAUUACAUAGUUUUCAAGUAUCCGUCCAAAUAAUAUGGUUCGUACACAUCAGACAUGCUAAUUCAUAAAUACAAUUGAUUGUGGUAGCAUCCGUUAGUUAGCAAUUUCCUAUAGAUAUGUAUGUAUAUUGAAGCAGAUUUUGAAUUGGGAACGCAAAUGACACUCGUACUGCCCACUUUUUAUUAAGCAACAAAUUGCAUUGUAAACAAAACAAUAAAUUUUAUAAUGAUUACAAAUAAACUCAUACACUUGUAAGUUACAACAAUAAUGGCAUGUCAACAAUUUUGGCUUAAUUAAUAUGUAUAUGUAACUAUAAACGAUUGACGUUAUAUUGAUUUUCGAAACUGCACACUCCUUAGUGCCAUUUAAAUGUGCUGAAUUUCAAAUUUUCCAAAAAAAGUUGAUAUAUUUUUCCAAUAUCUUUCAAAAAACAACAUUCCGGCCGAAGGUUCAACUUAUUUUGAUCUUUCUACAACGUUGCCCGCUCGCAAUGUUCAAAUGUACAGUUACCUGUGCGUUUUUCUGAUUCGACGGGAAAGCAAAGCUCACAUGAGGACUUAAUAGCAUAGCUAUACCUGUCCGUAUAGACAUAAAAAAUGGAUUAAUAUGCUGAUUUACUUAUACUAAUUAGAAAACCUUUAGUAGUUUGCGGAGAGACUUGACUUUCCACUUGAAUGUUUGUGAAAAGCAUUUAUAUUUAUUUAAUUGAGUAUAUAAUUCUGCGUCUAUAUGCCGGCAAUUUAUAGAGUUUAGAGUUUUUGCAGUCAAACUACCACCUAUGUGAAUAGUUUUUCAAAGCUCAACGGUCAAUAUAAAGCUGGACUUAGUAGUAGUAAUUAAAUUUUCGAGCCGCUAGACAUAUCCUUCAGACUAUACUUUUCUUCUGAGUUCUCAUGCGAUUGUUUCUACCAAAUGCCAAACAUAUUACGAACUUAAUGUAUUUAUGCAGGGUUGCUACAAUAUUAUCAAAAAAUAUUAAUAAAUGAUUUUUUUUAGGGUUAUAAAUAAUAUGUGACAUUUCAAAAAAAUUAAAAACCAGAGCCAAAUAUUAUUAUUUCUAUACAAAAAUAAAAACAUAUCUUAGAGAUCAUCCAUGCGUUUUUAGAUCGCAUCUACUUCCCCAAUUACAUAUACAUACGUGUAAAUAUUAUAUUAAGAUUCUCUGACUUAUUAUAGCGAAGUACUUGUAACUAGACUACAGAUGAAAUUACACUGCCAGAAUAAUCAAAACAUAAGAUCCAUAUAUUCAACAACCAUACGGGUAUGAAGCAAUAGUUUGUGGCAAACACAAGUCUCUUGCCCGCAUAUUUUACACGUGUCACAUACAGAGAAACAGACACUGGCCAUUGAAGUAUCCAAAAUUCAAAAAGAGAAUCAUAAAAGGUAAUAUAGCCACAAAUGAUAAAUCGCAUUGAAUUAAUUCACAUAAUAUACCAAGCGUACAUACAUACAUAUGCACAUAAAUUCGAAAAUUAAAGUAAAUUCAAAACAAACACGCGGUGCUAGUAAGAUAAAUAAUACUUUUACUAAUAAAAACAAUAAAUGCUGUAAAGUUAUGAAUAAAAUAUAUGUAAAUUUAAGCAAUAGAAACGAAUUGAACAAUUGAACUAUAUCAUUAUAUUAAAUAAGUAAUGCUAACAAAUUACAUAUACGAAAUAAUUACGAUUAAGUAAGUACAACUUAGGAAAAGAUUAAAUUAGGUAAUUAAAAUGAUAUUUCUAAAAAAAAACUAGUGUAUGAUCAAACUGAAAUCAUGCGUAAAUUAUAGCAUACUGUGAGUAUUAAUAAAGUUAGCAAUAGAUUUGUUCCUGGACAAAUUUUCACAUUUGUAUGCGAAAGUAAAAAUUGAAAAAAAAAACGUAUAAACUAAAAAACGCAAAAAAUAGCUCAUAGAUUUUUAAUUAAUAAAAAGUAAUCUUUAUACUUUCAUGUAAGAGAUACAUAGUUUUUGUACAUACAUACAUAUGUAUAAAUAAAAGAAUAUGCAAUAUAUUUUAAGCCUGCAUAGAAUUCACAUUAUUGGGCGUAGUUAUUAGUUACUUGUAAAAUUGAACGUAUUCGUGACCCUUGGGGCGCUUUUGUACCAAAGGACUCACACAUUUUUGAGCAAAUAUAUUCAACUUAAUUCAAUGCAGCAACAAUUUCCAUAGCAAAAGAAAAUUUUACAUACCUACGAGGGCAUAAUUUUCCAAACGCAGAACUAGCCAUUUAUUAGUUGAGUGUGACUGCUACUAACGACAUAAAUUUGUAUAUUUUUCCAAAUUCGGUUGAACAUUUAUAAUUAAGCAUCGAUUGGCAUCUCUUUUCAUACAUUAGGUACGGAGUCAAACUAAAGAUUUUUCAUAAUAUAACGAAUAUAAGUAGGUGGUGAAAGCCCAUAGAUGUUAGAUAGAAAUUGCUAUAUUACAUUAAUUUCUUUUAUGUAUUUAAAUUAGUGCUUCAUAGUUGCAAUAAAAGCUGGUCAUGUUAGAGAUAUUAACAAGUAUUUAAGAGCUCAAUAAUAUGCGAUGCUUAAUUGCAUUACUGUAUCGGUAACAGAAUUAUUCAGACUCGAUUAGCCAAAAUAGCUGUACAAGUUAAUAAUUUAAUAUACACAUACAUAUUUAUAAAUAUAACGUAUAAAAGCAAACAUUUUGUAAAACUUAUUAUAGCUAUUAUAAAGUAGCCUAAAUCAACGAAAAUUCGAGGGUACUUACACAUCGGAAGCUUUAUUUUCAAAGUUUUCAAAGCUUAUGAUUUCGACACGAGCAAAUUAAGAUUAAAUAUAUACUAUACAUAUACACACAAUAUAUAUAAUAUUGGAGAAAUUCUUUUAAUUCGAAAGCAAAGUAAAUUGGUUAGUCAAACUCGAUAUUUCAAAAUAAAUUUGUAUUUUUUAAUUUAUUUUGCCUAAUGCUUCUUUGUGUUAUUAUGUAACUUAUAUUUAAAGGCUUCUCCACAUUGACCCUCUAUUUUGUAGAAGUUUGAAAGAUAUGACAUGAAAUCGGAGCUCAUAGAGCGAUCAAUCGAUCAAACGACUGGUAUAAACGCAGCGAACUGGCAUAAUUUAACGGUCAUUUAACUGUAACAAUUUUACCAAUUUAACUAUGCAGUUUUGAAAGAAUCGAAUAUAAUAGCUUUGGUUCGCUCAAAUGUUAAAUUUCAAACAAGAGGCAGCUCAGACAUAGUAAGAGAAUCGAAUCUGAUAUUUUUCGAUAUAUAAAUAGUAAGCUGGCGCAACCAGAGUUAGAAGUGUUCGAGAUAAGCUGAUUUAUAUGUUACAAGCGGACACUGACGUGUGCUGUUAUUAAAUACCAGGUCGACUCUUUUGGUUUGAAAGUAACACAUGAUUUCAAUGUCAACCACCCAACCACUAAUGUAUUUAUAUAAGGGAUGAACUGAGACCGAUGUAGAAUUGUCUGAAGUUAUUUAUUAAUUCUAAAUUAUUUUUUAUUAUUAUUAUUAUUUUUUCACUGAUAUACCAAGCUCAUUGGUCUACUGUCCUAAAUACUUUAUUUAUUAAAUAUGCUCUAACUUCUUUUUUCACUGACAUUCUGAAAACAUUGGUCUACUGGUCUGAAGACAAAUCAUUAAGGUCAAUAAGAGGAUGGUUGAUUUCUUUCAAAUAAUUAUGUUGUUUUUUUGUGUAUUGUAGAGUCGCAAUCGUUGUUCGUUUUCUGCAGCCUCGAAUUUUUAACAUUGCAAGAAGUGGUACUUGUAUUAAAACCUUCGGAAUAUUUAUCCGUUUUAGUAAUCUUUCUAAAAAUACUUUAGCAACAAGAAAGUAGUUCACUGAAUAAUUAGACUCCUCGUUUUGAACACUUGAACUUAAUAAUAUUUAUUUAAAAACUACUAACUGGUGGCGGACUUGCAGAAUAGGGCUGAAAGAUCGAGAAGAUUGCAGGAAAUGUUUAGAGCAGGUUACCAGGGAAAUAAUAUUUUGUGUCCCGCAUUAACAAGACUACGCUGUAAGCAUCUGCGGUCUCCACGGUAUGAUAGACUGGUGAAGGUAUCGAUAAUGAGGGCGCAGAGUCUGUUAAAAUUCGCAUCAAGCGCAGGCAUCCUAAAGGAUGACUACUUCUUUUGGACCUAGGAACUGAACUCCAUCUGGUACCGCAAACGACCAAAACUGAACCAUGCGUGGCUUAUUAGCCUACCAGUUUCACCUAACCUAGUAAAAACUUUAGUUACUUAGGGUAGUUGUCUUAAUAUUCGAUUAACAUUAACGUAACGAUUAACGUGGGGAAAACAGUUCACCGAACUUGCUGUGUUUCAAAGUAAUAUUUGCGCCUGAACGCCGUUUAUGCAGCUGAUUUUUUUUAGAUUUAACUGCUGACAGCUGUCAUUUCAUGUUCUGACUUGAAACUAAAAAAGAAGACUUUUGGUAAAGUUCAUCAGAACUUAGAUGAGAGAUGAUUGUUAACCAGAUAUCGAGUAAACUAUUUUUCUUGACACAAAAUUUCUGAUUAAGAGCUUUAUCUCAUAUUGAGGAAACGGUUCUUAGUCUGUUAUCCGCUCGCAUUCAUAUUCAUGAAUGUAAAAAAUGUGUUACUAUAUUGCUUUUAAACAAAAUCAUUUCAAAUUAGUAAAAAUGCCUACCACAAACUUAAAGCCAAAAUUGAUUUGUUUCUCAAUUCCCCUACUGUUUAUGUUUGUGGAAUGAAUUUUAUUUUGUUAUUUAAAUAAACAGCAAAAAAUUGGAGAUUGUCUUUUAUGUCAUGAUAUCAGUCAUAAAUUUAUUAUAAAAUAAUAUAAAAGAAUUCAUCCCAUAACACACAAUGAACGGAAUUUACUUAACGGGUUACAACGCACUGCAGUGUCAAAUUAAAACAUUGAAAAAGGAAAAUUCUUAUUUUGGCAUUUUACUUUCUACAGUUAACGUGUAAUACCUUUUUAAAGGCAUUUGAAAUAAAAUGUGUGAAGUUGACUGGAUGCUUCCUGUUACUGGUGUGGCUCAAUGUUAGAAAAAAUAAUUUUCGUUGACUUUGGAUCGAAAUUCCAAUAUCUCGAUCAUUUUUUGUACCAAACUUUGCGAUUUUUCUUUUUGACAUAUGAAGAAAAAUUUUAUUUUCUGGACGAAAAAUACGCACAAUUGCAGAACUUAGCAAGCGCCAUUACGCCUUGCCUUACAUAAUUUUGUUUAAUAACUACUUUCUGGAUUUCAAGUAAUAUAAAUUUAAUAUAUUAUAUUUCCAGUGCUGUCGCAGAGUGGUAAAGUAAUUGAAAAAAGAGUGUUUUAAUUUGUAUACUUGUUCUGAGUAUAGUGCGCUUCGUUCUAAUCGGAAGUAGAAGACAGCCACUUUUCCAUCUAAUAAAAUAUGUAUUAUUUUUCUCCUUAAUUAAUUUUGUGGAUUUUAAUAGGAAAUUAUUUAUUUUACUGACAUUUGGUGCAAAGUGGUGCAAUCAGUUAGUUGACGGCUAUAAAUAUGUAUGCCACGUACAGAAUUAUUUGCUGUUAAUUUUGUUGUGACUCUUAGAUUUACCAUCAAAAGUAUAAUAAAACUAAAUCAUUUAAAGUUUAUUACAGCUAUUAUUAUUUAAUGUAUAGAAAUAUUAUUAAUUUGUGUUGGGAAUCAUAAGUUGAUGUCAAAAAAAAAAAGCAUAAAAUCUUGUACAAGCUACUAAUUGCAAUAUUUCAGUAAUGUAACACAGUAAUUUACGCCAAUAUCAGUUCAAUACAAGAAACUUUGAAAUUUAACAUAAAAAUUUAAUUUGUAAGAUUUUCUCAAUAUUUAAAUAUCUAAGGAUGAAGUUCAUUAACAAAUUGUAGAAAACUGCCACUCAUAUAAAUACAAUAGUUGUAGUUCAUUUACUUAGUUAAACAAUUAUCACUUAGAUCAAUUAAACAUUAUAACCAGCAUAAUUAUCGCACUUUAAUUAAACCACAAAAUAGCGAGUAACUAGGAAAUGUGUUUUUGUAUAUGCUUAAGUUUUAGAAAUUUAGAAGACAAUAAUUAGAAAGAAAGUAUGCCCUAUGCUAUAGCGCAAUGUAUUUUCACAUUUUUACCUUAACAAUAUAUGAAUAUAUAUGUAUGUAUAGCGUGAAUUAGUAUACUUUUAGGCGCAUCUGUUGGUAUUAGAUCUUGCUUUACAUAGUUGCACUAAUGCGUAUUCUUUUAGUGUUGCCUUAGUAAAGAAAUAUUUCUCUGCUACUUAUAUUGCAAAUGCAACGCUGUGCUUGAAAAAUAAGACUAAAAGCAUAUAAUGAGCCAGUUUCACCUUUCUAAAAAUAAUUCUGAAGCAGACACAAGAUGGUGAACCUUCACUGGCUCUGGAUAUUCUCUGCUUAAAGAAAAUUUAACAUAUGUAGUUAUAUUAAUGAUAUACGCCAUAACUGCAUUUGUAAGAACAUAUGUAUGUACAAAUUCAAUUGUAGAUUGAGGUAAGAAUGGCACUUAUAAGGGGAUGUGUGACAGCAGCUAUGAAUGUCUUAUCUAAAAAGAAAUUUUGUCUUAUUAAUUUCAAUAUAAAUAUUAAUUAUUUGCAAUAGCAACGUUUUGUACUGUUCUAUUUCACUUCAAAUUCAUAUUUUUUUGCCUGUAAAAAACUAUUUAGGUGGGCAAAAAUUUUAUUGUGAAUAGUUUUGUACAAAACCACAGCGCUUCUUAUUCUCAAAUAAUACUUAUUCAAAUUUGGAGAGUAUAUAUAAAAAAUUUGAUUUUUCUAAUUCCGAAUUCUAACACAGCUUUGAUGUAUGCUAUUUGUGGACUUCUUGUCGUAGAUCAAUUUAAGAUUUUAGGUGCGUUAUAAUGCAGUAUUAAUGCAAAAUGCCACUGCUUAUGCAUAUAUCGACGUAUUACUAGAAUAUAUGUAUGUGUAUAUAACAAUACAUGAUUUCUUAUUGUCCAUGGUCCAGCCAGCUUUAAUUUGAUGGAUUGUGCGUGAAAUAUUUUCACAAAGCAUUCACAUUCAUUUUGGUUGAUUUAAAUGAAUUUUGUGGCUAGUCGGUUGUUUUCCUCUACAUUACCUCUAAUAAUGUCAUAAAAGAAACAACUUCACUAUGUUUUUAGAAUAUGUGCUUAUAAGCGAACAUUUGCGCUAGAUUUCUAAGCUAAAUUUCAACUGAAUAAGAUAACAAAAAUGUUACAUAUAUAAACGUAUGUGCAAAGCAAUAAAAUUAGUCACUUAAUUUUUUCUAUCCUCUCUAAGUCACACUCCUCGCAAGCAAUACGCACUUUAUAUUAAAAAAUCGGAUUCAAUAAUUUUUUUAUUCCUUGGAAUACUAAUAAAAUUGCCUUAUAUUCAAAAUAAUAAUAAUAAAAUUCAAAAUAAAAUAAUUAUACAUUAUAUUGUAAUAUAAAAGCAACCCUAUUGAAAUCUUUAGCAAUAAAUUGUAAUAAAUAAUUAGGAUAUUAUAUACUAUUAGAUGCAAAGUUAUAAACUUACUUAGGUCAAACACAUGUACAAAGUGUAUAUAUCUAUUUUAUUUAGUAAAUAAUUACCUAAUAUAUAAAUUAAUAGUAUAUAAAUUAAAGCAUAUGGUAUUCAAAUAUAGCAUAGCACACACAUAUAUUCUUACAUUCUAUUUUGUAAAAUUCAGUAAAUUAUUUACACAUUAUUUACUUUUCAUUUCUCAGUACGUCCACAUUGAAUCACUUCUUUGAAUACCGAAAAAACAGUUUAAAAAUUUUAAUAAGCUAAACAACACACUGUAAAGUAAUUGCGUAAAUAAUUUCAAAAACAAAUUCGCCAAUUGCCUUCAACUAGAAGAAUUUCGAUCUAAAACCAUAUACAAAGCAAAAGCGAUAUACAUAAUAAAAAUAAAUAAAAUAAAAUCAAAUAAAGAAGGGCAGAUGAUAAAUACAGCAUGCAGAAAAUAUUAAAUCAAUAACUAAGUGAGAAUCCAAACUAAAACAAAACCAAAAACAAAAACAAAAAAAUUAAAAUAUAAUAUAUUACAAAAAUAACUUAAACCUAUCAGUAACUAAUUGCAGCAGCGCGACAACUGCUCUCGGAAAUACGAACAAAAUUUACAGAAACAAAAUAUACACAUAUACAUGCAUAUAUACAAAUUGAAAUAAAUAAUAAAAUAGAAAGAUAGCAAUGCAAAAGUUUACGUAAGCAAACAAAUUAUUAGACUUUAGCAUAAACAGCAACAACCACAAAAGAGAACUGAAGUAAUUGCAGAGAUUUUAUUGCCAUAUUUGAAUUAUAUAAUAAGCGGUAAAACAAGAUAAUAUAGACUAAUAUACAUAUAUAGUAUAUAUACAAUAUACAUACAUAUACACACAUAUGCGAGUAUAUAUAGAUGACGCGAAACUUUGAAACAGAAAAAACCGAAAACUUACUCGAUUAUUUUAUCUACAUACAUGAGAUUACUUAUAAGCAAGAACAAUAAACAGAAUCAUACGCAUACAAGUAAAUAAACCGUUACUUACAUAUUUAAAUGUAUCAUUAAUUGAAACAACUAACGAAAUAAUUAAUACAUAAUCAUGAACAGAACCAAUUAAGUGAAACAAAAAGUGAGGAAAAGAAGUCGAUUUCAUGCGCAGGAAUUUAUAUCAAUUACGAAUAUAGCAAGAGCAAAAGAGUAUUUACAUAGGAAAAUACGCAAAAGCAAGCUUCGAAAAUGCCAAGUUUUGUAAUUAGAGGCAGAGCGCGAAAGAAAGACGAAUUUAGUCCAACUGCAUAGUUUCAAUGUCCAUCAUAUAUUACUUAUAAAGUUAUAGAAGCAACAUUAUUUAAUGUACAUAUUUUGCUUGUUGCAGCGGCUGCGCUAGAAGCAACCAAAUAUUCAGUUUGCAUUCAGAACUUAUUUACCAUUAGAGUGCAUUUCAUGUGUUUAAUAUCACUUCGAAAAGCUUCGAAAAAUGUACAUCCAAAAGCAAUAUGUAUACUGUAUAUGAAACGUCAGAUUUUGCCUUAACUGUGUUAAAGGGCUGCAGAAUUCGUUAUAGAAAUAAUGUUUUUCAAAAGAUUCUCUCUCAGUAGUCAAAGUGCAAUACUGCCACGUUUCCACAAGACACGAUUAUAUAGAAUAUCAAACGAAGCACCAGUUUAUUAAUUAAACUGUAAUCACCGACAUGUAACCUCAUUCGGAAAAACUUGUUCGAGUUAUUUUAUUUUCCCAAGCAUUUAAUUUGAUAAUAAUCAAACUUUCAAAUCCUAAUUUCUAAACGGAGAUUGAAAGCAAAUAUCUAAGAUUUCUUAGGAAAAGUCUUGACAAGUACAAGUUGUGGCUGCUGCGCUAAGCUUCUGUUUGGAAAUGAAAAUAAGUUGAAUAAAUAGUUUUUUUUUCUGACAAGCUUAUCCUUAAGUCUUCAGACUUAUUGUUUUUGCCUUCAGAAUCCCCAAAACAUCUGUUUCUUGCCAUUUACAUGUGUUUGACAAACCAAUAUAUAUUUUCACAGAAAACUUACUCCAGAAGCUGAUUUUUAAUUGUGAGAAUGCGUUAGGUUUUCGGUAAUGAAUUCGAAAGAUUUCAGCUGAUAAACUGAAAUAUUAUCUGUAUGAUUCCGUAUUGAUUCGAUGGUUCAGAUUUCUUCUCAAUUUUCUAAUGUACUCGUAAGAAAAUAACAAUGACUCGCACGCAGAAUUUACAUGCCUUAACGAAAAUGUUGUUAAAGUUUGAAGAAAGUACUUCGGCUUGAGCAAGGAAAUGACUAUUUAAGGUUAUAAGCAAAAAAUCUAUCUGUCAGACGCUACUAAUUCGUUAUUGAAAUUUCACUUGAGUUUUUGACAAUGAACAUGAUAACAUAUUUCGCCAUAAUUGUAAAAGAAUUAUAAAUUACAAAAGCAAACCUUAAGAAUAUCUUUAUUUCUUAAUUCUUCGUGUGAAAACUAAAUUAAAAUAAUUUUUUAGUGUAAAAUUAACUGCAAACUGGCAUGAACUCACCAGCUUCAGUAGCUCUAUAAAGUCCUCACUUUUUGUUUGUACUCUAUCGUCUGCUAUCAGAUUUGAUUCUAUCGCACAAAUACUAUAAGUUGCAAAAUAAAUAAAUAUAAAGAAGUAGUUUCGCUUUAGUCUUUUACAUUUUGUUAGUAAAUCCGCUUAAACUAUUAUUGUUAAACAUACAUAAAUAUUAUAUUUUAGAGUAUGUCCAUACUUGAGUAUAUAAGUAAAGUUCGACAAUUCACUAAAGCGAGUCCUCCGAAAUUACUUCAGAGAGAGCCGUUGUCAAACAAAUACCUUCCAAGUAGAUUCUUUUCGUACGCUUAUAUUUUGACUUGUUCUUAUGUAAUUAUAGAAAUAUUAGGAAAUUUUAAACAGUGACAUAAAUUAUUAAGCUUAUAGAUGAAAUUAGGGAUUAUACUGGAUUUUAGGAAGCAUUUUAAAUUACUCACAGUUAGUGGUUAUGAUUUUGUUCAUAAUAAAUGCGAGCAUGGUUAAUAAAGCUUUAAUUUGAAAAGCUGUAGUGAAACAAAAAAAUAAAAACCAAAAGAAAAAAGAAAAAA